CAUUCUCGAGGCCAGAGCAGCCAACGACGGCUGUCCAAACAUCGCAGUGACUAAAAAUCUGAACCGGUCCAAAGAAACAGAAAAAACCGUUUUCGUCAACUUCAGUAUUUGUAUUUGUCAUCCGAGUGUCCCGAGUGCAUAACCGAUGCCUAUUUGUUCAUUUUGCAACGAUAGAUGUGAUUUCCUUUGUGAUCAAUAGUUGUUUUUUUGUGUGAGUGCGUUUUUUUCGUUCGUUUACAUUGUUUCGUAAACCAUGGCCGACACAGAUGCGAAGGAUCGUUUCGAUCCGGAACUGAAAUACUUGUGUGUGGACAGGAACAAUUACAAUGAUCCGGCCACACAGGCGGAAUGGACUCAAAAAAGACUGGUGUGGGUGCCCCACGAGGCGCAGGGCUUCGUCGCGGCCAGCAUAAAGGGCGAAAAGGGGGACGAGGUGGAAGUCGAGCUUCAGGAGACCGGCAAGAGGACGACCGUGCCGAAAGAUGACAUCCAAAAGAUGAAUCCGCCGAAAUUCGACAAGGUCGAGGACAUGGCCGAGCUCACCUGUCUCAACGAGGCUUGUGUCUUGCACAACCUCAAAGACAGAUACUAUUCUGGCCUUAUUUAUACAUAUUCCGGGCUUUUCUGCGUAGUGGUCAACCCCUACAAGAAGCUGCCAAUCUACACAGAGAAAAUCAUGGAAAGGUAUAAGGGCAUCAAAAGGCACGAAGUUCCUCCACACGUAUUCGCCAUUACGGACACUGCCUAUCGGUCUAUGUUACAAGAGCGAGAAGAUCAGUCUAUCCUUUGCACUGGUGAAUCUGGUGCAGGUAAAACCGAAAACACGAAAAAAGUUAUUCAGUAUUUGGCCUAUGUCGCUGCCUCGAAAUCCCCUAAAAGUGCUGGUGCGCAGAAAGAUCUUAUCGGUGGACUGGAACAACAGCUACUGCAGGCUAAUCCAAUUUUAGAAGCCUUCGGUAAUGCCAAGACAAUAAAGAAUGACAACUCGUCGAGAUUCGGUAAAUUCAUUAGGAUCAACUUCGAUGCGUCAGGAUAUAUCGCUGGUGCUAACAUAGAGACUUACCUCUUGGAAAAAUCACGUGCCAUCAGACAAGCCAGACAAGAAAGAACCUUCCAUAUUUUCUAUCAGCUGCUUGCCGGAGCAUCUGAAGCUCAACGAAAGGAAUUCAUCCUGGAAGACGCCAGAUCCUACGCCUUCCUCAGAGACGACAACCACAUCGUCCCCGGCGUCGACGAUGCCCUCGAAUUCCAGGCCACCGUCAAGAGCAUGAACAUCAUGGGCAUGACGCCCGACGACUUCAGCGCCAUCUUCCGCGUCGUCUCCGCCGUCAUGCUCUUCAGCAAGAUGGAGUUCAAGCAGGACCGCAGCUCCGACCAGGCCACCCUGCCCGACAACACGGUGGCCCAGAAGAUAGCUCACCUGCUCGGCCUCAGCGUCACCGACAUGACCAGGGCCUUCUUGAAGCCCAGGAUCAAGGUGGGCCGCGAUUUCGUCACGAAGAGUCAGACCAAGGAGCAAGUGGAGUUCGCGGUGGAAGCUGUCUCCAAGGCUUGCUACGAACGCAUGUUCAAGUGGUUGGUGACUAGGAUAAACAGGUCUCUGGGUAGGACGAAGAGGCAGGGUGCUAGCUUCAUCGGGAUCCUCGACAUUGCCGGCUUCGAGAUAUUCGAGCUCAACUCCUUUGAGCAGUUGUGCAUUAAUUACACCAACGAGAAGCUGCAGCAGCUCUUCAAUCACACGAUGUUCAUACUCGAGCAGGAGGAGUACCAAAGGGAGGGUAUCGAAUGGAAAUUCAUCGACUUUGGGCUCGACCUGCAACCGACUAUCGACCUGAUCGACAAACCCAUGGGUAUCAUGGCGCUGCUCGACGAAGAAUGCCUCUUCCCUAAAGCGACUGAUAAAACGUUCGUCGACAAACUAGUGACUGCCCACUCUGUCCAUCCCAAGUUCAAGAAGAGCGAUUUCCGAGGUGUUGCAGACUUUUCCAUUAUCCACUACGCCGGUAAAGUGGAUUACUGCGCCCAGCAAUGGCUGAUGAAGAAUAUGGACCCUCAGAACGAAAACGUAGUAUCUUUGUUGCAAGCCUCUCAAGACCCUUUCGUGAUUCAUAUCUGGAAGGACGCCGAAACCUUGGGUCGAGCGAAGGGAAUGUUCAGAACGGUGUCUUACUUGUACAAAGAACAACUCGCUAAUCUCAUGGUGACUCUGCGCAAUACGAACCCCAAUUUCGUCCGUUGCAUCAUUCCCAACCACGACAAGAGGGCAGGCAAAAUUGACGCCCCUCUCGUACUGGAUCAGCUCAGGUGCAACGGUGUUCUAGAAGGCAUACGUAUCUGUCGUCAAGGUUUCCCCAACAGGAUACCCUUCCAAGAGUUCAGACAACGCUAUGAGCUCCUCACUCCUAAUGUCAUCAACAAAGGCUUCAUGGACGGCAAGAAAGCUUGCGAAGCCAUGAUCAAGUCUUUGGAGCUCGACAAGAACUUGUUCAGAGUAGGACAGUCGAAAAUAUUCUUCAGAGCUGGUGUUCUGGCUCACCUUGAAGAAGAAAGAGAUUACAAAAUCACUGAUCUCAUCGUCAACUUCCAAGCCUUCUGCAGGGGAUUCGCUUCAAGAAGAAAUUAUCAGAAGAGGGUACAGCAACUUAAUGCCAUUCGUAUCAUUCAGAGAAAUUGCUCAGCUUACUUGAAACUCAGAAACUGGCAAUGGUGGAGGCUUUAUACCAAAGUCAAACCGUUGUUGGAAGUUACUAAGCAAGAAGAGAAACUAAUGCAGAAAGAGGAUGAACUCAAACAAGUGAAAGAUAAGCUGGACCAUCAUAUCAAAGCAGCUGAAGAGUACGAAUCGAAGUAUCAACUAGCUCAAGAAGAAAAAAUGGUUCUGCAAGAGCAACUGCAAGCUGAAGUGGAGCUUUGUGCUGAAGCUGAAGAAAUGAGAGCGAGACUGACAGCAAGAAAACAGGAGCUAGAGGAAAUAUUACAUGAUCUAGAAGCUCGUAUUGAGGAAGAAGAAGAGAGGGCUAUCGUUUUGAGUGCGGAUAAGAAAAAACUUCAACUAACGAUUCAAGAUCUAGAAGAGCAACUGGAGGAGGAAGAAGGUGCCAGACAAAAACUUCAGCUGGAAAAAGUCCAGUGUGAUAAUAAAAUAAAAAAGCUUGAAGAGGAUUUAGCUCUCAGCGACGAUACUAAUCAAAAACUUUUCAAAGAGAAGAAAAUAUUGGAAGAACGUAGCAAUGACUUGAGCCAAGCUCUAGCUGAGGAAGAAGAGAAAGCUAAACACUUGGCCAAAUUGAAAACCAAACAUGAAUCGACUAUUGCGGAAUUAGAAGAACGCUUAUUGAAGGACCACCAGCAAAGACAAGAAACUGAUAGAUCUAAGAGGAAGGUUGAAACAGAAGUCAAUGACUUGAAGGAGCAGGUGAACGAAAAACGCAGUCAAAUCGAGGAACUGCACCUCCAGCUAGGUAAACGGGAAGAAGAAUUAGCUCAAGCCAUGGUAAAAGUAGAUGAAGAAAGUGCUCAAAAGGCUCAAUCUCAAAAAGCUCUUCGAGAAUUAGAAAGCCAACUCACCGAACUACAAGAAGACCUUGAAGCUGAGAAGGCAGCCAGAAGUAAGGCAGAAAAAAUGAAGAGAGAUCUAAACGAAGAACUGGAAGCUCUCAAAAAUGAAUUGCUCGAUUCUCUUGAUACCACUGCUGCCCAACAAGAAUUGAGAUCGAAGAGGGAACAGGAACUCGCCACUUUGAAGAAAUCCUUGGAAGAAGAAACUCAAAUUCACGAAGUCACUCAAGCCGACAUGAGGCACAAGCAUACUCAAGAACUCACUGUUUUGAAUGAACAGUUGGAGAAUAUCAAGAAACUGAAGGCUAAUUUAGAGAAGAGUAAACAGGCCCUCGAAGCUGAAAAUGCUGACUUGACGAGCGAAUUGAGAAAUGUUGGUGCUAGCAGACAGGAAGGCGAGAGAAGACGUAAACAAGCUGAAAGUCAAGUAGCAGAACUUUCCGCGAAAUUAUCUGAAGUAGAUAGAUCUCGCCUCGAACUACAAGAAAAAACUGUCAAAUUGCAACAGGAGUUCGAGAAUGUCGUUCAACAGCUCGAAGAAGCAGAACUCAAAGCUUCCUCUGCCUUGAAGAAUCAGAGCACGAGCGAAUCCCAUCUGGCCGAGGCUCAAGCAGCGCUCGAGGAAGAGACCAAACAGAAACUUGCUCUCAGCUCUAAGCUCAGACAAUUGGAGUCGGAGAGGGAAAGCAUCCAAGAACAGAUCGAGGAAGAAGAGGAAGCCAAGAAGAAUCUUGAAAAACAACUGUCAAUCAUGACCGUCCAAUUAGCCGAAGCCAAAAAGAAAGCGGAAGACGAAGCCGAACAGGCGGCCAUCUUGGAAGAGAGCAAAAAGAAGCUAGCCAAGGACUUGGAGGCGCUCCAAAGGCAAGUAGAAGAACUGACAGCCGCCAACGACAAACUGGAAAGAAGCAAGAAGAAGAUCGCAGCCGAACUGGAAGACGCCAACAUCGACCUCGAAACGCAAAGGCAAAAAGUGUCCGAACUCGAAAAGAAGCAGAAGAACUUCGACAAGGUGCUAGCCGAAGAGAAGUCGGUUAGUGAGCAACUGGCAGCCGAAAAGGACGCAGUGGAAAAGGAAGCCAGAGACAAGGAGACCCUGGUGCUGUCUUUGAAACGCGAGCUGGACGAUUCCAACGUGAAGAUCGAGGAGUUGGAGAGAGUGAGGAGGCAGUUACAGGGUGAGCUCGAUGAGCUUGCCAAUAACCAAGGUACUGCCGACAAAAACGUGCACGAGCUAGAAAAAGCGAAAAGAUCUCUGGAGAGUCAGUUGGCCGAGCUUAAAGCGCAGAACGAAGAGUUGGAGGACGAGCUGCAGCUCACCGAGGACGCCAAGCUCAGGUUGGAGGUGAACAUGCAGGCGCUGCGGACGCAGUUCGAGAGAGACGUGCAGGCUAAGGAGGAGCAGGCGGAAGAAAAGAGAAGAGGCAUCGUGAAGCAACUGAGAGAUCUCGAGGCCGAGUUGGACGAGGAGAGGAAGCAGCGGGCUGCUGCCGUUAGUGCCAGGAAGAAGCUUGAAGGUGAUAUCAAGGAACUGGAAAGCCAAAUCGAACUCCACUGCAAAGUGAAGGAGGACGCCCUCAAGCAACUGAAAAAGUCCCAGCAGCAGUGCAAAGAGGCCAUCCGAGACUCUGAGGAAUGCAGAGCGGCGAGAGACGAGUACGCCGCCUCCUGCAAAGAGGCCGAGAGGAAAGUGAAGACGCUCGAGGCGGAGGUGCUGCAGUUGACCGAGGACGUGUCGAGCUCGGAGCGAGCUAGAAGGGCGGCCGAGGCGGAGCGCGACGAGCUGCUCGAGGAGAUCAACAGCAGCAACAGCAAGGGCAGCCUGCUGGUGGACGAAAAGCGGCGGCUGGAGGCAAGAAUAGCGGCGCUGGAGGAGGAGAUCGAAGAGGAGCAGAGCACUAACGAGCUGCUGCAGGACAGGGCGAGGAAGGCGCAGCUGACCAUCGAGCAGCUGACCGCCGAGCUGUCGGGCGAACGGGGCGCGGCGCAGAAGCAGGAGUCGCAGCGGCUGCUGCUCGAAAGGCAGAACAAGGACCUCAAGGCGAAGCUGGCUGAGCUGGAGACGGCACAGCGGACGAAGACGAAGGCGACGAUCGCGGCGCUCGAGAGCAAGAUCGCCAAUUUAGAGGAGCAGCUCGAGGUGGAGGCCAAGGAGCGCCUGGCCCAGCAAAAGACCAACCGCAAGCUGGACAAGCGCAACAAGGAGCUCGCGAUGCAGCUCGAAGACGAGCGCCGGCACGCCGAUCAGCACAAGGAACAAGCCGAGAAGGGGAACGCCAGGGUGAAGGCGCUGAAGCGGCAGCUGGACGAGGCCGAGGAGGAGGUGACGCGCGAGAAGGCGCAGAAGCGCAAAGCGCAAAGGGAGUGCGAGGACAUGUUGGAGUCGCACGAGUCGAUGGCGAGGGAGAUCAACAAUUUGAAGAGCAAGUUGAGGCGGGGUACCAUGGGCAUUUCAUCGUCCCGCCUGAGUUCGACAAAACGCGGAUCCAUCCAGACUAGCGGCAACGGAUCAGGGGAUGAUUCCACCACCCAAGACGAGGCCAUGGAUGGGGACGACGUCCCUUCGUAAUCAGGGAGUGGGGCGUCCCCUUCCGACUUAUUUAAAUUAUAUUAUCUAAAUAUAUUAUUUACCUACUGACGGUCACUACGAAAUUCCAUGC